UUUUUUUUUUUUGGGGGGGGGGGGGAGGGGAGGAAAAUUGGAAAUGAACUGUUAUUUUGAAUUUUCUUGCAAAAAGACCGUUUCAUUGUCAAAUGAAAACAAUAACAAAGAGUGGCUUAUCGACAUCAUUCAAAUUCAUAUAAAAGUGUCAGCGAGCGAAAGGAUCCGAUUUAACUAACAAUCCGGUACACUGCUAGCAGGGCUUUUCCUGUUUGUUUCUAUCUGUUCACUUACCUGUGUCGCGUCUCUGUUCUUUUGUGUUAAACAAACGAGAACGCGAAAGAACAGACUCGCGACACGGAUAAGUGAACUCAUAAAAAAGCUCUGCUAGGGGUAACAAUGCGGUCAUUUAUAUUUGUCAAACAAAUAUAUUUGUGUAGUGUAAUUAUAUCAUAGUGCUGAAUAUAAUUCACUUUGCGAAACCUCAAAUGAAAGCAAUUCGAGAUGGGCAAACAAGAUGCUAAGUUCUCACAUAUUGUAGCCUGCUAGCGCCGGCUCUCAUUGUAGGUUAUUCGGAAAUGUUUUAUUUUCGAAUAUUGGGAACCCUGUGUGCGCGCGAAGGCCGAGGUGCGCACAGGGUUCCCAAUAUUCGAAAAUAAAACAUUUCCGAAUAACCCACAAUGUAAGCUGGCUAGCAGGCUACACGUAUUGAGAGAAGGUACUUAGGGACUAGGGGCAUCUGACAUACAGUAGUCUGCUUAGCAGCCACGCCUAGUGUCACGCACACAAAGAGCGUCUGCUAAGCAGAUUACAUCUGACGGGAGAGGUGACAUUUAUAUUCUGCUCGAUUAUCUGUUAGCGGUUAGUUGACGUAAAAAAGGCAAUCAAAAGCUAAUGCCCUUUUGAUACCAUCGAUCGAAUUAGUCAUCUUUUGUGAUUUCUAUGCAACCAGCCCCUACAAAUCAACAGCUAAAGAUUACAGUGAUUUAAUGUUUUACUUGCCAUCAUACAAAGCUAGACAAAACAGAAAUCACGAGCCCAUGAUUGCUUAAAAACACACAAACAUCAUUUGACUUUGCAAUAUAAUGAAUAAUCAAACCCAAAUACAAAUCACCGACUGAAAUCAGAGUGUUUCGUCAGUACACAAUAGUUGUAUUUGAGAGAUGCUUGGUUUACUGUGUUCGUGACUACUUGCCUAUAUCUUGCAAACAAAUCAACACAAGCAAUGGGACUAUGAUAAACGUUUUAUUGUAAAAUCCCCUAUAUGGUAUAAUAAGGUAAACCCUAAUAAAAAAUAGAAUGAAAUUUUCCAUGCCCUUCCCCCCCCCCCCCCCCCCCCCUGCAAAGGAAUGAACGGUAAACAACAAAUUCAAGGAGCACGAGCAAGAGAUCAGCUGCAAGCUGGUAAGAAAGUGGAAGAAAUUGGCUAAAAAGGCACGCGGGAAUUUCUCGAGAACCCCCCCUCCUUCAGGAUAAUAAAUGAACUUUCCGUAAGAUGUGUAAAGCAGUCUAUUUUCUACAGUCUAUUCUCUAACCCUUGAAUCAUAUGUUACCAAAACACUGGCUAAUGUCUGGUCUGCUUCAACAUUUCUGUUUUUUUUUCUUUCUUUUGCAUACAAAUUAGAAACAGAGUGCGGCUGGAGUUUUUAAGAGCGCUGUUUUCUCUGUCCCACAUGGUCACCUAAUUUCCUAAAUCUCACUGGAUAUAUCACCCGAAUACCGAGGAUAAUACCUAUUUUAAAAACCAAGCCAGCUUCUCUACUGACUAUUGUGUUAUGCAGCAGCUUUAUGCAUGAGUUUGCACAGGGCUGUAUACCAUAUAUACCCCAUAUCGUUUGUUUGAUAACAUGAAAUCUUUAUUGGACCAUUGACUUUGUUUUGAAUAGUACAAGCAAAACACAUCUAUGGAAUGUCUUGCUCGGCUUGCAAACAUAUUAUUUUGGUCGUGGGUAAAUACUUGAUUGUUAUUUUUCGCGCAUGCAUGCAAUAAAUCCUGGACCCUCUUUCAUGCGAGCCAGAAUGUCUAGCGUAAAGAGAGUCCCAGGUCUGGACUAAUGUAGAUUGUGUUUGCAAAUUCGCGAAAAGUCGCUUGAAAAUAUAGCCAAAAGUUGCUCUAAAGUUUCUAUUUUGGGGUCCUGUGGCCUAUUGGGGGUCCUGUGGCGAUACUCGAGAAUGCAUGCCCCCCUUCAUGACAAUUAAUCUUGCCCCCCAUAGAAAGUCAUAGCUAUUUUAGUUGUUUUUCUGACACUUAGAGAAGCGAGGGGAAUGCUAAGAGCCUCUUAUCACUACGAGUAAUUUAUUAGCUCCUCUCGUGGGAACUAGCAUCCUGUUACCUCUUUAGGAAAUAUAGGAAAUAUAGGAGUACUUAAAGUGCAAGUGAAGCGUGUCAAACGUCAUAUCGCUAAGAAUUUGAAGACGUAUUUAUUGCGUUGAUUUGAUAUUCGUGAAGUUUUAGAUCGACAAGUCUUUGCAGACAUAUUGAUCUGCAGUCCUAAUCACGUAUAUCCAUACUUAAAAUUGAUUAUUAAUUACGCCCGGAAUUUUUAUAAGCAUAUCAAACCAAGCUGAGAAAGCGUUCUAAUAAGGAAGGCUUUUGCCAUAAUGGCGGCAGUUUACGGCUCUUUCGACUUCGUCAAUAUCUCGACAAAUCAGCAAAUGAUCGACCUUUUUGCCCAUCUUCAUCCACACCGGCCGGUUCUUUACACCUUGGUGAUCAGUCUAGGUAUCCUUUGGCCUGUUGUUAUUGUUGGAAAUGUCGCCGUGCUCUACGCCAUUUGGAAAGAUCCAUUGAAACUUCUCCGUCCCUCGCCAACCAUCACUAUAAUCGGUAGUAUGGCGGUGUGUGAUCUUAUGGUCGGUAUUGGGUACAUUCCCUCGUAUAUGUACUGGUUUAUCUGGCGUGGACUUUUGGAAAAGCAAGGCGACAACAAUCUCAUUGAUCAGUUACACGUCUUCUUCGAUUGCAUGAAUUAUAUCUCCCUUUAUCAUGUCCUUUAUUUGACGUGUGAUAGAUUCAUCGCUGUUCAUAAACCACUACAUCACUCAUCAAUCAUCACAAGGAAAAGGUGCAUUACUGCAAUCGUCCCAACAUGGAUUACAUGGGCUGCCAUAGGCAUACUAAGCACUUUUUACACUUCAGCAGUCUAUGCAGGAGUCAUAUUUAUCUGCGUCAUAGUGGCUAUUUUAUUGAUAUUUAUCCUUUCGGGGUAUAUUCUUCACUCCAUUAAAAGACACUCCAAAAUAAUAACAGAUGAAUCAGCGAAUAACAGUCUUAGAGAUGCUAUAAACGCAAGAGAGCGAAAGACUACGAAGUUAAUCGCCAUAGUGGUCGGUAUAUUUCUUGUCAGCUUUUUACCCUGGUUCAUCUCAGGUAUUCUCUUACUUCUCUGCUCUCCUUGCUAUCCAAAUGCUUCAAUUCUCAUAUCUAUCACGUUCUUGUCUGCCAAUCUACUUACUGCUAAUUCAGGCAUAAAUGUCUACCUCUAUGCGUUUAGGCUAGAAAGAUUUAAGAAGACGUUCGCUUUGUGGUGUCGCAAGAGUCGCGAAGCAGAGGUGUUGCCAAGAGUUGAGCAAGAGGACGUCUUCAACACCAAACUGUAGCGUCUACUAUACAGCUUUUCAUCAAGUUGGACAAGCAAGGGAGGAAAUUGAUAAAAAAGAAGGAAUGUUCCUUUUUUGUUUCUCACAUAUGUAAAAGUAGUGCAUAAAAGUAAAAUUUCACGAUUUGAUAAUAGAGUUUUUAAGCGUAAUGUAGAGUUUAGAAUGUUGACUUUAUCUAACCCCUAACUAUAUGAUUGGGGAUCAAAAUAUUGUAAAACAGUGAUUCAGAAACAGAAAAAUCGCCCUAACCCUGACCCAACUUGUAAAGCAGAAAAA